AUGCACAUCACCAAAUCGGACUAUUUCACGUAUAAUGGUUGUAACACUAGGUUCUAUGAUGAUAUAAAUUGUUACUCGACACUGAACCAGGUUAUACUAGAAGACGAUUGCAUGGCAUUUAUCAUACGUCCGGUCAAUGACUACAAGACAUCGUAUGAACACGUGUUUUCUGUCGGACAUAUGCUCACCCAUCGGAACAAAUACAUGUAUAGAUCCGGUAGAUUAGACCUAAGGGUGGCCAUACCCCACGGGUACAUGUUGUCACCCGAUAAACAACAGGAACUGGAAGUUUUUAUGAGCAAACAUUACACCAGGUACAAGUUGCACCAAUUUCAUAAGUACGUGUUCCAGUGGAAUGCCACUCACUGUACGUUUAGUUUCGAUGAUAUGAGUAUCAUGACCAACAAAAGGCUUGAUAAUUCAUCAUUUACCGAGUUCAAUACCUCAGGUGACAAACCGUUAUAUUUGGAAAUGGGGAUCGUGAUCAACAAUUCCAUCCACGCUAAUCCUGAUAAUGAUAAUUAUCAAGAGACUAACUGUCCUUCGACAUAUGAAUUACGGGAUUCCAUUAAAAGUGCGACAGAGAUUUGCGAGAGUAUUAUGUCCGAAAUUAAUCCGGCUGAAAAUUUGUAA